AUGGCCAACACCCUCGCCUACCUCGAGGGCCUGUCUGAGGAGUGGGUUGACCAGCCCUCGCCCGACACAGGCGCCCACAAUGCCCAGAGCCCGCCCGCGACGAAAACGCCCCAGAGCGCGUCGGCCAAAGCCCGCAGCCGCCUUCCCCGCAUGCGGCAGUCGUCAGGCUCCUUCUCCGAGAUCCAGGUGCGCAGCAUCGCGAAAGAGCUGCGCCCGCCCAAGCAGCGUAAUGCCCUCCUCGAGCGCAGCCUCAGCGACAUCAACGUGCCCCCCGCCCCGUCGUCGCCCAACGCGUCACACGUCGAGCCCCCGCGUCGCGCCUCGUAUUCGUCCUUUUCCAUGUCGCAAGGCUCCGGCAUGCAAUUCGGAACAGUAGCGCAUCACACGGUCGCGAGAUCACCCACGAAAGAGCCAGGAUCCCAGGACACGCCCGAGUGGAGACGCAGGCUCGUCAACGGCGAAGUCGGCUACGGCAACCAGACCGACCUGUUCGGCCCCACAGGCCUCGAGAACAUCUUCCAGCGGCCGGCUGCAGGCGCAUCAGACGACUCUGCCCAGCCAAAGCGCAGGCUCGGGCUGCUGAAGGGCCUCAGUGCCGUGCCGCUGCCGUCGAGCCCGCCGCCAUGGCCCAAAUCGCGACCCAACGCGCAACAGACGGAACAAGACGACCAACAACAACAAAUAGACCAAGAGGGACCUUCUCAGGACGGAACAGUACACGAAGAGGGAUCGUCAGAAUGCACCACAAACCUCAUGCCACCACCCAGCGAUCCUGUUCGAACCGUCAGCGGCCAGAUAGAAUACGAGAACGAGAACUUCAGUCCGGUCUAUCUCACCAUGACCGCCAACAUGAAGGUCAGCCAGGCCGCCAAGCCUGCUCCCAACUUUCGAGGAUCCGAGCUUGCCAACCGCCUACGCCAGAUUGGAUCGCCGCCGCCAGAACAGUACGAGACUGAGCACGAGGAGAGUGCUCUGGGACACAGUCGCGAGGAUUCAUCCUUCGCCAGGCUACAGGACGAGUCGCUACCCGAAGGCCUCCCCGCCGGUACCCCAGACAUGGGCGAGGUCCAUCGCAAUGUGGAGCUCCGAAGAGGCGGAUACUCUAGAGACGGAUCAUUCCACCGGAAACCACUCAGCCCAUCGCCGGAAAGAAUAGCUGGGGCGCGACCGUCUAGCAGCCGUGCUGGCACAGCCCAGUCUAGUACCACCGCGAAGCACCCUACUCCUCCCCCAGCAUUGAAGACCAACAACCCAACGACUCCACAUCGUCGGCGCGAACAGUUCCUCAGCCCGGAUCGCGCAAAGGGCUCUGGAAGUCCUCUGAAACUUUUCGACGCCCACGACACAUUCACAAGCAACCGGAUACAGCGACGACUUAGUCAGUUGGAGUACAAGUCCGAGAAGGCUUCCAGCGUGAAAGCCUCAAGUGUCAAGGAGGGCACGAUAGAGUCAACCAAGGCGGCGUCGAACAAAUCGAGAUUGACUUCGGUAGAAGAGAAAAGCUUCCAGAACCCCGACCAGGAUAAGUCACAGCUACCCUCCAGAGUUGUGUCUUUCGGUCAGGGUCAACUGAACCAAUACGAGUACUCCGGCGAUUAUUCGGCGAUAUGUUCCGACGAUGACUACGAUGCACACGACGAUAGCGCACCCGACGCUUCGCCUUCUUCAGACAUCGCACCCCCUGGCAGUCGUCCACCCUUCAAGUUCCAGCUCGACGAAUCACCAGGCAAAGUGGAACCUUCAAAGGCUAAGAGGCACCUGUCUAGCCAUACAAGGAAUUCUUCUAGGAAUGUUAGUGCUAGCCGGCCAAAAUUCGUACCACAUCGAAAGGUCUCUGAGACAGAGCCGGAAUCUUUCUCGGAAAUCGUGCACGAGUACGCAGAUGGGAAGAGAGGUCCGACAUCCCCUUUCAAGAACCCGACGCCGAAGCGUAGAAGGACGAUAACCGCGGUGGAUGAGGAUGAAGACGACGAGAACGCGGCUAGUGAUACUGAGCAGGGCACAGUACAACGCUCGCACGCAGCCAUACAAGCCGUUGUUGGACGUACACGACAGGAAGCUGGCCAAGACCCUUCGAAGAAGAUUGCCGAUUCCGAAACACUGGCCCGCAGACACAUUUUGAGACCUCGGAACCCUACGCCUAGUCAACGCAGGAGAGAGGAGAUACAAGCAGAGAUUAUGGAAGCUACUGAAGCAUUCAUCCUCUCGUCGCCGAAGCUCAACACCAUCCGCGAACACCUAGACUCGUCAAUCAUGUCAGAUACUGACUCGGAGCGAGACCGAGCAAAGGCGGUUGCCAAUCAGAUUGCCGCUUUUACCUUGAAGAGAAAGCCCAACAUACGCGAUAAAAACCGCAAACGAUCUGUCACAACACAGGAUUUCCUCGACGAAGCGCUCAAGAUUAUGGACUUCAUCCGUACCAAGGGCAGACCAACUAGCGGUCUGGGAAGCCUUGAGGAGACGGAAGCCGAGACGCAACUGCUCGAGGAGGUCAACGAUGAUCCUUCUAGUAUGUUGACAUUUGAAAGGCCCCCAAGCAAAGAGGGUCGGCAGUCUUCCUGGCAGGACCAAAGAACGCAACACAUGGAUGCUGAUAUCAUGGACCACCUCCGCAAAUAUCAAGAACACGAGAACGACACAUUCCUGAACUCUUCAGUCAAUUCCAUACGAGUAUCACGUUUGAGAGGAUCUGCGACACCGGAAGACGAAAGUGUAGUGGUUGAGCAAGAUGAUAUCCGGAUCACCGACAAUCCCAAUAGGCACCGGGCCGAUAGCGACGAGCGACCCAGCUCCCAGCCUCGCGGGAAUAACACGCUUCUAUCCACAGCUUCGUCGUUUGGAAACACAAUUGUCACAAAUGCAUCACGCCGUUCCGAGUGUGUCGCGACCCUUGCACCCGAAGCGGUCGCGCAUUUGAUCCCUCAGCAGGUAGCCGGAAUGAGCUUUGAUCGCGACAAGAAUAUAUGGGUCCGUCAGAAGAGCCCUUCCAGACAAAAGCACCUACUAGAGGAUGAGCCAAGUGGUAUGAACGCAAGCGAAGACGAUCCAUUUGGCAACAUUCCCGAUCUGACAGUGGAAGACACCCAUGAGCAGGACAACAAAGCAGGCUCUCCAGUUCGCCUUCAACCUACGGCAGAAACCAUACUUGAGGACACGGAAAGACCUGGAGCCGAAGAAGAGUCACGCCCUGUGACCCGUGAAGGCAAAGGUGUCGCUUACACAGAUACAAGCUCGGCGCCUUCCAAGGCCUCCAACUUCGGGUGGAGCUUCCCCAAGACUGACACACGGGCCACUUCUUGGAGCACGCAAGCUCCUCGAAACUACAGUACACACAAGAUGCCCCAUGCGCCUACAACGUAUGCCAUACCGGAGUCAGAGGAAGAUGGUAUCGAACACGAGAUCCAGUACUUUGAAGGAAGAGAUCAUGCUCCUGCAAGUGUGCAACGUCCGCGAGUGCGCAAUGUUACUAUUUCGAUCGCUGAGCACGAGGCUCCUACGCGGGACCAGCAUUCCGAAAGCGCACCACCACAGCGCCGCCAAAACAAAUGGGGACCAUCAAGUGCGCAGCAGAAGUCAGAAAGGAAACAAUCUGCUUGGGAACAGACGAACGGUACCCGGACUGUGUCGCAUGGGCGGCCCAGUCGUUUGCCAGUUUUCAACGGAGAUGGCGAUCUGUCAAUUCUGGACGAUGCCCCAUCAAAGAACUAUCGAAUGCAGCUAUCAAUGAACGUCGCGCCUCCGCUCAGACACGAACGACGAGACACACUUGUGGCCGCACCGUCAUCACCUGUCAAGGAUGUUACAUUCAUGCUCAGCGAUCUCCCCGAAUUCACCCUCAACCAGAUCGACGAGUUUGACCUUCCGGAUCGAGUCGUCGUAAAGCACAACGGAAGUCGGUUUUCCAAGGCUCUGGAAGACCGCUAUGCACAGGGUACUGCGGAGCUCGUCAAGGCGCUGCAAGAUGUUGAGCCUGAUGAGCCGUACUGGGAGGAUCUUCGCAGCGUCAACCUCCGGAAGAAGGAUCUCAAUAGCGUACACCGCCUUGAUGAGCUCUGCUACUCACUCGAAGAACUUGAUAUUUCUGACAACAAGAUCAAUCAGGUUGAGGGCAUCCCCUACACCAUGCGGCGACUACAAGUACAAAACAACUGCCUGAACGGACUUACUUCCUGGACGACCCUCGUCAACCUUCAGCACCUUGACAUCUCCGGCAACGACAUCGAUAGGCUUGAUGGUCUCGCUGAGCUUGUGCAUCUCCGCAUACUCAAGGCCGAUAACAACAAGAUUAAAUCACUCCAAGGCAUCCUACACCUCGAUGGUCUGAUGGAGUUGAGUGUUCGUGGUAACGAGAUCGACAUGGUUGACUUCACCCGAACGGAUCUCAAAUCCCUCACAGACCUGGAUAUGCGCAAGAAUCGUUUAGUUGAAGUGCGGAAUCUGCAUUGCCUACCUCAGCUUCAGCAUCUCAACCUUGAUGACAACGAAAUCGAGGAGUUCCCCCUUCUUGAUGGGCCUCUGAAGCCAUGCAGAUUCCUGCGCUCGAUCCGUAUGUGCCGAAACGGAACAACACUCCUUGACGUCGACCAGUACUUCCCCAAACUUGAAUCUCUCUACGUCGACGGCAACUGCCUGACGCAAGUAUCUGGACUAGAACAUCUCCGCCACCUCCGUACCUUCUCCGCCCGCGAACAAAUCCUAAACUCGGAAUCCGACAUGGAGAUGUGCGCAAGCAACCUAGUCCGAAACACCGAAGUCCGCAACCUCUAUCUCUCCCUCAACCCAACCUACGGCCUACAGAUAUCUUCACACCUACUAAGUCUCCAACGCCUAGAACUCGCCUCCAUGGGCCUCAAAGAACUCCCCGACAACUUCGGACAGCUAACCCCCAACAUCCGCUCCAUAAACCUCAACUUCAACUCACUCACCGACCUCCGCCCCCUCCUCAACAUCAAGCGCCUCAGCACCCUCCUCCUCGCCGGCAACAAACUCGAGCGCCUCCGCGCCAACGCCAUGGUCCUCGGCAAGCUCCCCACGCUCUCCACCCUCGACUGGCGCGACAACCCCCUCACCCUCCGCUUCUACGCCCCCACGUGCGAAAACCGCAUCCUGUCUCUCCGGCAGAAACCCUCCGACGAGCAACUCACCAACCGCUUUGUACUGCCUGAGGGCGAAGUCGAAGCCGAUGUCCAGCACCUGCAGCGAUUGGACUAUGAGACCCGGAUUAGGCGUCGAGUUACUGAGAUGAUGUUGGCGAAUCUUUGUAGGAGUCUGAGGGAGCUGGAUGGGCUGCCGUUUGAUAAGACGAGGGUGCUGGUUAAGGAUGAUGUUUGGGAGAGGUUGUUGUUUUUGGGCGUUAUUCAGAGGAAGAGGGCGGAUACGGCGGUUGAUGAGGGGAAGUAG